CCUUUUUGGUUUUACGACAUCUCUAUCGUGAUAUACGGCACCACCGGUGCUGCAGCAACGAGUGGAAGGUGCAAGUAAGAUUAGCUCACAUGUUAUAUCCAGCGAGUGAUUUAUCAAGCCGGUAAAUAAGAGACUGUUGUGGUUUUUGUUGAUUGUAAAGCUUACAUGUGCGCGUUAGGAGGCAGCGCGUCGACCACACGUUCAGGCAGUGAGACGACUGCUGAGGUUUGUCCGUUCAUUAUAUGUAACGAUAGCUAACGGUGGUAGCAGCAGCAGCAGCAGCUCCUCGUCUCAGAGCCACUCAGCUUCUCUGGCUGUCCUGUCUUUGCACCGAUUCUUGCCGACCUUCUUAUAAACAUGCCUAUUCAGCUGACAAGUCAGGCUUACUGUAAAAUGCUUUUACACGCUGCCAAGUAUCCUCACUGCGCCGUGAACGGGCUGCUAGUGGCAGAAAAAACCAAGGAGAAAAAGAGAGACAGCCACAGUGAGCCGGUCCUAUGUGUGGACUGUGUGCCGCUGUUUCACGGCACUCUCGCCCUGGCACCAAUGCUAGAAGUAGCUUUAACUCUGAUCGAUACUUGGUGUAAAGAAAAUAAUUAUGUCAUUGCUGGAUAUUAUCAAGCCAAUGAACGCACAAAGGAUUCAAGACCCAACCAGGUUGCAGAAAAAGUGGCUGCCAGGAUUACUGAGAACUUCAGUGAAGCAGCAAUUGUUAUGGUGGACAACAGUAGAUUAACAAUUAGCUGUUUCGAGCCCAUUGUGCUCAUCUAUGAUCAUCAUGAGAACAAGUGGAAAAGCAGAGAAGUAACUCCUGACUGUUUUGAGGACUGGAACGAAGCACAGAAGAUAACAUCUGCCCUGCUCGAUGGCAGGUCCUACGAGAACUUGAUUGACUUUGACAAUCACUUGGAUGAUCUAAGGAACGACUGGACCAACCCUGUGAUCAACAAGUCCGUCCUGGAUCUGUGUUAAGACCUUCUGUCAGGAGCACCAAGGACGCCCACACAAAUAUUGCUGUCAUUUCAGCAUGCAUGAUGCUACUUAUCGUGUAGCACAGGAGUACAAAAUUGCUGAAUGCAUAGUCUUUAUUCCAUCAAAAGGCUCCCAUGCUGAUGUGAACUUGCGGAGCACUGACCAUUUAGGCCAAAUCUAUCAAGGGCAAGAGCCAUAUGUGCACUGUUGUGUCUACCUUUACAAGGUGAUGCUGAGGUGAUGAAGCGGUUAUGUUUUGUGAAUGCAACUUAUUUUUGUUUUCUGCAAUGGUUUGUGUUUAUUCAUAGCUGUGUGCAUUAAGUUAAUUUCUAGAGUAUUUGAUCUAUUUUUUCCUGUUAAAUUUUACAGCCAGUAGCCAUACAGAGAUCAAGUCCUAAGUUAUUUAAAAAAAUCUAGGUGAUGAUUGUACCACUAAGAUAUUAUAUAAAUGUUCUUUAUUAAAUUUAGUUUUAGUUUGUUUUGAUCCUUGAAACAAAAUUCACACAUAGAAUUGUAGACUGAAGAUGUUUGUGUGUAGUUCAGUUGAACAAAAACACAUCAUUGAUCCAGAGAGUGACAGAAAUCUUCAAGAUUUUGUCUCAUCGGACUAUAUGUCACGUCCCAACUCGAGUCCUUCUGUAGAUCCACCAGCAAAGACAAUGAAAUGAUUAACCCGAGCUUUGGCUUUUAAAUAAUUCAUGCUUAUACAAACAUUUCUAUGAUGCAUGUGUCCUGUUAUUGUCUGGACUGGUGCACUUCAGAAUGUCAUUCGGGAUAGUUUUGAUUGUUUCAUGAAGAUUUGUUCAGAAAUGCAUUACACUGAAUCAAAUCACAACAAUGUGUGAAUUUUGUUUGAUGUCAGAUAUUUGUUUGAAGAAUUAGCUAAUAUUUAUUUAUACUUAAAUGACCAUUCUAAAUUCUGCUAUUUAAUAAGUCAUGUUAACAAAUUGGAAUACUUAAUGCAAGGAUACAGAACUACCUUUGUAUUUGAUAAUAGAAUUAAUCAGUGAGAGCUAAUUAAAUAAUUGUGUGGACAGAACGUUUUUUACAGACAUUUUAUGAACUGAAUGUACAAUGAAAGCGACUUUUGAAAUUA